ACCCCUCUGUUUUUUCAUGGUCAGUCUUUCUGAGCGCCAACAGCCAAAGCAGGGGAAAAACGCAUAAAACGAAGCAAGUUUGCACAAUUUCUUUCUCUUUAUUUUUUAUUUUUUUGCAAUAUUUUCUUAUUUGCAAUUUUGUCAUCGUCCAGUCUCUCAGGAAAACUAUGCUGCACUUGACAGCCGGACGUGUAGGGGGGCUUUUGUCCAGACGGGGAGUGGCUGCAUUCAGCUCCAGCAGUGUCAAGAUGGCCAGCCAUGGGCAUGGUGAAGUAACAGAACAGGCAGACAUGUCUGUACCCAUGUACUGGGACCGUCUGGACACUCCUCUACCAGACAGACCAUACAAAGACACCCUCAGUUCUGCUGACAAGAGCCUGAAGCAGAAGGAGAAAGGCCCCUGGAACAACCUCUCUAAAGAGGAGAAGCUUGCCUUGUACAGGAUGACAUUUAAAGAGUCAUUCGCUGAGAUGAAGAAACCAACGGGUGAGUGGAAGACGGUGGUGGGUGGCAUCUUUUUCUUCAUUGGUUUCACUGGCCUGGUUGUUCUGUGGCAAAGGUACUAUGUGUAUCCUCCUCAUCCUCGUACCCUUGAUGAGGAAUGGCAGGCCAUGCAGGUGAAAAGGAUGUUGGACAUGAGGGUGAACCCUGUGGAGGGCUUCUCGGCCAAAUGGGACUAUGAGAAGGGCCAGUGGAAAUAAAUGAAGGGAAUGUCACGCCAACACCUUGUCAAUUGUCUUCAUACAUUACUAUGCCAUCCUUUAUAUAAACAUUGGAAUAUUAUCAAAUGUAAAAUCUGAACAAGUAGACCAGUGAGACAAUGUGUUUCUUCUUGACUGACAGAAGUAAAACCUGACAGAAUAA